GAAAAAGGUCCGCACUUGAAAGCUUGAUCCCGUUUCGAAGAAUCUCUUUGGUAGGAUGAAAAAGUAGCUUGGGAAAUUAAGAGCCGCCACAACAAAUGUCCGAAGUACCAAUCAAGGCGCAACAACCACGUAUCGUGAAUGUGAAGAAACACCAAGUUUCAACUCUUCUCUGUUUUCACUCAAUCUUUGACCCUCCACAUUCUCGGCACUGUGACUAGAUGAGACUGUCAAGGGACUACCCAAGUAUCCUGAUCUAUAUACAGCGUAAUACAGAGUACACACUCUCUACUGUCGACUCAUCACGGGAGCAUCGAUGAACCCUUGUUGCACUAACAAACACACCAGGGUAGAACAGCGUAAAUCACACAGCAACAACACCGAAUCAAAUCGUCCCAAGUGACGGGUCGCGGGUGUUCCUUUCCAAUACAAGCGGCGAUAUAGAGCAUUUCGAGGCACUUGCCACUUAAUAACCAUAUUAAGUUCCCGGGAGAGUGAAGCACUGAUAUACCCUUAAUUGGAGUGGGAAGCUUUCCUCCCCAGUCAUGGGCCCGUCUUCGAACAGUCCGCUUAGACAAUAUGGAGAGCAUACCAAGGAAGCCACUCUUUGUGCUCAAGAUGGUUUGUUUGAGGUAUGGGAUGGCAGACCGGAUGGAGUGAAGAAAGUUGAUCCAAAAGAUAUAAAGAUCACGGGCCGCCGCCAACAUGUUAAUUCUCAUCAUUUUACACCUUUUGGCAGGCCACACACUCAUUUCUUCAAACCUUCUUUUUUCUCUCGACGAGAUAAUUCCAAACUUGUGAGUUCAUCGCCUUGGCAUCGAAUGCUGAUCUCCAUUCCUGUUGUUGUACGGUUGCUUGAAGGUUUUGAUUGUUUGAUCAUUUGGCUGUUUGAUUGUAUGUUUGUCAUGAGGCCGAGUCGGAUGAUUUGAAUAGCUUCAGAAAUUCGAUUCACCCCCUCAUGGCAAUCACAAUUCAACCCCGUUUAAUCCUAUUGUUCCUUUCCCGGCCACGACCACAAUGAUAUAAAAUCAGCCACCAAUCCUAAUCACAUCACCCUCAUUAUCAUCAUUGUCUUUCAAUCUUAUCUUGUAUACGAGAUUGGAUUUGGAAAUUACUGUUACAACAGAGCUACUUUUACGAGUGAAUGCUGGUAUCAAGUCGAACCAUCGUUCCUUCUCAUAAGAGUACCCAGAAACAAACGAGAGACAGGAUUCUUUCCUUCGUCUUUUACAACCACCUCACAGCCAACACACAAUACCAACAUAAAUACUGAUUGAACGUGUUGUCUCUGGCAGAAACAACAUUCUUUUACAGAUACUACAUCGACGUCGACAUCCUGCAGCAGCUGGUACUACUUCACGAUGGCUUCCUUCUCAAUCAUUUCCAUUUUGUUGGCUCUACGCUUCUUUUUCAUCGUCUCUGGUGCUCCUACUCCUGUGCCCACAGAUGCAGUGGCGACAACAUCGGCUUCCAGCAAUUAUUGGCUCGCUACAAUUCAACGACAAGGUACUGCAGCAUUUGGUGAUGCUUCAUAUCAAAUCUUCCGCAAUGUUAAGGACUUUGGUGCUGUUGGUGAUGGUGUAACUGAUGACACCGCUGCCAUCAAUGCUGCCUUGUCCUCUGGUAAUCGUUGUGGUAAAGGCUGUGACUCUUCUACUGUUACUCCCGCUCUUGUUUACUUUCCACCUGGAACAUAUGCUAUCUCAACUCCUAUUAAGCAACAAUAUUUCACCCAACUUGUUGGUGAUGCUGUUACUCUCCCAACAAUCAAGGGUCUUGCCAACUUUGCUGGCAUGGCUUUACUCGACGCAGACCCAUAUGAUCCUGAAUUUAACUGGUUCACUAACCAAAACAACUUCUACCGUCAAAUCAGAAACUUUGUCAUCGACUUGACUGCCAUGCCUGCCUCAACUGGUAGUGGUAUUCAUUGGCAAGUUGCUCAAGCUACAUCAUUACAAAACAUUGUUUUCAACAUGAGAACUGAUGGUGGCGAAGGCAACAAUCAACAAGGAAUCUUCAUGGAUAAUGGCAGUGGUGGUUUCAUGGCCGACUUAACAUUCAACGGUGGCAAGUACGGUGCUUUCUUAGGCAGUCAACAGUUUACUUCUCGAAACUUGACCUUCAACAACUGCCAGACAGCUAUCUACCUAAACUGGGCCUGGCUCUGGACCUUCAAGGACAUCCAGAUCAACAACUGUGGUAUCGGUCUCGAUAUGUCAGCCGGUGGUGCCAGCUCGCGGGCUGCAGGAUCGGCCACAUUGAUGGACAGCACAAUUGUCAAUACUCCAAUCGGUAUCUCUACUGUUUACGAUGUCGCCGAAACCGGAACUAACGGCACUCUCGUUAUUGACAACGUCGACUUCUCUUCAAAUGUUCCUGUUGCCGUUUAUGAUGCCGCUUCUAAAUCAACUGUUCUUGCCGGAAACACCAAAGUUGCAUCAUGGGCACAAGGAAAGGUCUACACUGGUGUUAAUGCUGGUCAAGCUAGUCAAGGUACCCAAGAUGCUGUCACCAAGCCUGCAGUUCUCUUGGAUUCUACUGGAAAGUUAUUUGGACGCACCAAACCACAAUAUGAGACUUUGCCAGCCUCUUCGUUCUUGAGUGUCAAGUCUAAUGGAGCUAAGGGUGAUGGAACUACUGAUGAUACUGCUGCCAUUCAAGCAAUUUUCGACAAGGCUACCACUGAUCAAGUUGUUUACUUCGAUCACGGUGCUUAUGUUGUCACUGAUACCAUCAAGGUCCCAAAGAACAUCAAGAUCACUGGUGAGAUCUGGCCUAUGAUCAUGGCAAAGGGAUUCAAUGAUCAAGCCAAUCCAAAGGCUGUCUUCCAAGUUGGACAAGUUGGUGACACUGGCUCUGUAGAGAUCUCCGAUAUGGUUUUCCAAACCAUGGGUCCAGCUGCGGGCGCUAUUCUCAUCGAGUGGAACGUGAAGGAGACUUCCCAAGGCUCAGCAGGAAUGUGGGAUGUUCAUACAAGAAUUGGUGGUAGUGCUGGUACUCAACUUCAAUCCAACACUUGCGCCAAGAAUCCAAACGUAACUUACAGCGGAAACGCAAACUGCAUGGGAGCCUUUAUGCUUCUCCACGUUACCGAAAAGGCUUCAAUCUACCUUGAGAACAACUGGUUCUGGGUUGCUGAUCAUGAACUUGAUCUUACUGAUCAUACCCAAAUUGAUGUUUACAGCGGCAGAGGAAUCUUGAUUGCUUCUGAAGAAGGACCUACCUGGAUGUAUGGUACCGCCAGUGAACAUAACGUUCUUUACAACUAUCAAUUAGCCAACGCCUCCAACAUCUUUAUGGGAGCCAUUCAAACUGAAACCCCUUACUACCAAUCCAAUCCCGAUUCCACAACACCUUUCACCACCAACUCAGUUUACGGGGAUCCUACUUUCACUGGUGGAUCGCUUGCUGAUAAAGCAUGGGGUGUUCGUAUCGUUAACUCUGAGGACAUUUUUAUCACUGGUGCUGGUCUUUAUUCAUUCUUCGACAACUACGGUCAAGAUUGUUUGUUGACUUCUAACUGCCAGAGCAACAUGCUUUCAAUUGAGGGUUCAGACAAUAUCCACAUCACUGGAUUAUCAACCGUCGGUGUUGAAAACAUGAUCACAAUUGAUGGACAGAGUGGCGCAGUUUUCAAAGAUAACCGUAACACUUUCGCUGCUACAAUUGCAAUGUUCAAGGGAGCUGGUACAGGUGUUAAGUGCUAGAUUGGUUCAUCUUAGAUGGAUAGGGUGCAGUGAAAUGAGAUACGAUACAUGAUAAUGAUACCCCACGGAUCUUUCAUACUUCUUCUUUCAUCAUAUUUUAAUGUUCUUCUUGUACAUAGCCUUAUUAGGUUGUGUACAAUAUUACAUACAUAGGGUUUAGAGUAGUUGGCGUUUGUUUUUGUUUUUGCGGGAGGAUCGGAGAGACGUGAGAUACAUAUGGGGUAUAUGCUGUGCAUAUAUGGGUGAUUACAAUGGAAUUGCAUGGUUUUUAGAUAGUUAGUUAUAUGAAUUUGAGAUAUUUGGAUUUUGGA